AUGUUGUUUAUGGUGGUGGUGGUGGUGGUGGUGGUGAUGACGCGGAUCACGCUUGACACGCCCAUGAACCGCAAGUUCAUGAAGGACGCGGACACGUCCGCCUGGACCCCACUCGGCGCCGUCGCAAGCCUGUUCCACGGGUGGGUGACCGGGGAGCGCCCAGCGAGCGGCUCGCUUGCACAGAUCAUCACCAAGAACUCGGAAACAAGCGUCGUCCACAAACAACAACAACAACAACAACAACAACAGCAGCAACAACAACAACAACAACAACAACAACAACAACAACAACAACAACAACAACAACAACAACAACAACAACUACAACUACAUAACAACAACAACUACAUAACAACAACAUAA